AAUAGAAGUUGAUUACAAUAACAGGGAUUACCAUGCGGAGUCACUCCUUAGCGCACCGGCAACAAGUGUAGUGUUUAACACAAACAUUCUCAUCGUUUUAUCGCCUUUAGCUUGAGUGUCAAAGUUCGCCGCGUUCCUUUAUAUACACCAUUUCCGAAUACUGACCAGAGCAGAGGAUCAUCUUUCAUUAUAUUUUCUUAAUUAUUGCAAUCGUUGAUAUCUAAAAAAAAAAAUGCCGGCAGUAGAAGUUCCUUAUUAUGUUCCCCAGUACCCAACGUUCAGGAGGGCCCAGUUGGCGGCGGUCAAGGAGGGGCUAUACCACCCCUCCCUGCCAACAUUCCGGCGAAUGGACAUGGACACUGCUGCCCAUAAACUACCAGAUGAACAUUGCAGGACCACCACUCGUAUUGGACCAGCUGACUUUCAGAACGCCACAGCAACAUACUUCCAGCCACCAGCAAAUAUUUAUAACGGAGCGAACAUCACAGACACCGGGAGAUCAUUACGUGAAACAAUGAAAGAUGAAGUCAGAUCGUUACGCAUAGACUGGGCAGCAGCAAAAGAGAUCAAAGAAUUACCAAAAAUCGAAAACUCUGGACAACUAAGCUUUACUGGGUACGCAGUUAGGUAUCAGAAACCAGCAAUCAGUGGAUCAUGGAGAUAUACGUUCACCCAAGAGCCUCGCCUUGAUCAAUAUGGCCAACGUCCAGUUCCUGCUAACAUUUAUAGCCGAUAUCGAGACACAUUCCCUCAGUACAGCCGAAACAUGUCAACAGAUGCUUUCCGUUAAACCUAGACCAGAUACCACCGACCGCAACAGAUAGUUCCAUUAUUUAUUAACUACCAGUUACCUCCGUUGUAAACAAGGAGUUUUUUCACAGAACUAAUGUAGCGUUAAGAAGACCUAAGUGGUUGCAAAAUGACUAUUAUCAUCUUUGAUUCACAGAAAAGAUGUUGUAAUUGAUUUCAUGCAACCCAAUUAGCUAUGAAAAUUGGCAUUACAUUGACUUAAAGUCAAAUACCUCGAAGUAUCGGUUGUGUAUUUCUAAGCUGGAUAUUAGAAAGAACUUAUUAAUGGGGAAAAUAUCAACAAAAAUAUGAAAUAUUUGAAAAAAAAUGUUUAUGUGUGCUUAAACUGCUGCGUAUGAUGUUUAUUUUGCCAUUUCAUCAUUUUCCAAUGUUUGGAGGAUUGUAUAAUUAUGUCGUGCUUUAAUAAUUCAAUUAGAAAAUAAUUAUUUAAGUAAUGAACCACAAAAUAAUUUCUCAUACUGAUAGGGAGAUUGCCAGUAACUUUAAAGUAGUUCAAUCCGUAAUGUAAUGGAAAGUGAUUAACCAAUUAUUACAUGUCUCUAUAGAUUGUUUUUUCAUUCGGAACUUUAUUUUGGCCUAAUUUUAUUUUCUUGAAUAUGCUGUGCAUAUUUAAAUUGGGCCUGGUGCCUCUGUUGUCAACCGUAUAUAUUUCUUAAAAUAAAGCUCUUCACAAUAUUCAUUUUCCAUGCAAUUAAGGACGAUGUCGCAAACGAAUAUCGAAUUUUCUUUCCAAUAAUGACAUAAUUUAUAUGUUAUAUUCGAUAAUCUUAUGAUUUUGAGAAAUAAGAAGGAACAGUACAGACAAGUAAAAUCGUCCGGACUUACUAUUUUUGUAAAAUACCAUUUAGUACAGCUAAGUUUUCAGCUCUCAGAUGAUAUCAAACUCCCACUUUAUUAUAUCAAUGACUGACCUUCCGAUUCUUCUAACGGAUGUUCUGCUAAGUUUUAAAAAAAUGAAAAAUUGUUGAGUAGCAGUAUUUUUUUAGACUUUUGCUCUUUAGAUAAAACCUCUGAUAUCAUUUUGAUGAAUCAUAGGCGAACUUUCGCACAGAUGAUGACAAUGCUAUGCAAAUACUGAACACUAUAUCAGAAGAGGAGCAAUAUUUACAAGGAUGAUUAUUCUAAAAUGGGAGAUAAGUAAAAUAUGGGUACAGGAAAUUUGAGAGAGGGAGAGAGACGGAGAAAGAGAGAGAGAGAGAGAGAGAGGGGGGGAUGAUUUAUUUGUAAAUGAACUGAUACUGUGUGAAUAUUAAUGAAAAGUAUUGUUUGCAAUGUUGUUACUCCGUCCACUUUACAGUAUAUGAACAUAACUAUUAGGGGUAUGAAACGAAUGAUUUUUAUAUCUCUGUUAUUUUUGUGAGGAUCACAAAUUUUAUUAAUUACAGUUCUAAUGUAUAGCAUGUUUGGUAGUUUAUAAAAUACAUUAAAAAAAUGAUGUGUGCUGUCACUGCUGUGUGUGCCAUCGUAAAUAAUAUGUCUAAUGUCAACUACAUUUGCAAUAAAUGACAAUUGAAUGUGGAA